GAGAUUUCACCCACUUUGGACUUCAAGAAUCCAAAGAAAAUCUUGCUUACUAAGUCGUGUGUUCUCUCAUUCUAUAAAUAAUUUGUGAGAGUUAGCUAUUAGUGCAUACGUUAAUUGGCAUAUGAUAGUGUUGUUAUGUCAAUGAAAAUUCCUUAGUUGUGUUCUUGAUCAUACACUCCAAGCCAUAACCACAACUGGCAGAGAGAAAGAGUACACAAGAAGUCAUAAGGUCUCAAACGAGACACCUCAAAAGUUUGUGCUACAACAUCAGGUACUACUAAACUAUACAUUUUUCUUGUUUGAUGUUAUUCAAAUAUAAACAAACCUCUUAUCAAAUCGUACACCUGAUGUUGCAAGUAGCUACUAGAGGACCCGAUGUCAUUAUUUGACUUGAUAGGCCCACGAUGUUUUUGAUUGAUCAGUUACCGCUUGACAAUGUAAUAGCUCAUUCUAAUUAAUAAAAGUUCUACAUAUUCCCAUAAAAACAAUCUCUUAGAGAGAAAGUCAACCGUACCAUAAUAAAAUUGAAUUGUUGGGGCUAAUAAUUAACUAUCACCGUUGAGUAUCACUAUGAUUUAAAUAUAGAGGGUUUGCUGGACUACAUAAUGUAUUAAGUGACUAUUCUUAUCUGGUUUGUUUUUUUAGUUCUUGAUGGUACCAUAAUUAUCUGUGGUACUCUCGCACUUAAUCUUACUAAUCCACAAGGAUCUCUAUGACAAAAAAAUAUAUAGAGGUUUUGCUCAUCGAAAUCCAAGUAGAAAUACGAAUAAUGGACACGACACGGCAAGGAUUGGCCUGGACAAAGACCCGGCAUUGCCUAUAGUAGUUUGUUACUUUGUUUCCUUGCACAUAACAAAAAUUUCUAACAAAACUCUAGCACCAAAUCUCAAAAUCCAUCUUGAACAAUAACCUUCGAUUUAUUUAAGGAACAAUACUCAGUUUGGGGUCAAGAAGUUAAAAUAAAUUGUUUCGUAGCUUCUAGGAAAAGAAAAAUGGAUUCUUGAGAACCCCUUGCACGAUGUCGAGAUAUCGCAGAAGAAAAAACUGCACAUCCAAUCGAACUUAUUACCUUUUUUUCCCUCCACUAAACCGAGGUCAAAUAUUGAGACCGCCCAGACUGUUAACUUUAGUCUAUGGUGGCGACAUGUCAUGGUCUCUGAGACCUCCCCAUUCCACAUUCUCCAAUGCGUCUGUUUACUUUGGAGAAUCUGGAAGUUUAGUAAUAAAGCGACCUUCGAAUUUUUCCAACCUCAUGUCCGUUCCCUAGCCAGACAUUUCUACAACCAGGUCCUCGAAGUCUCCAAUCUUCUCCUUCCUACUCCAUCCCGCAUGUCUCUACUCCCAAUCCAUCCUGCCACCACUUGGGUCCCUCCGCUAGAAGACUUUGUGAAGUUCAACUCGACGCUGCUAUUUGUGCCACCGGGUGUUCGUCUAGGCUUGUUUUCCGUGGGUCAGACGGGCAUGUGGUGUUGGCGUUCGGGCUGCAGCAUCAAUGAAUAGUCAAUCCUUACCUGGCAGAGCUUCUAGCCUUUAGAGACGCUUUCUCCAUCGUAGCCUCAAGAUCCUUGACCCGCGUGAUAGUCGAUGGUGAUUCCGAAGUGGUCGUAAACUAAGUCCGUCAAGGCGUCAUAGAAGUCUCGAUUGAUGGUCCGGUGUAACGAGAGUGUCAUCAGAUCCUUAGUUUUUUGUCUGUUUGUAUAGAGUAUAGGGCGGUACCUAGGUCUGCCAACAGUGUUGCCCAUAGAGUGGCGAGUACAUCAUUGCUUUUGUCUCGUUUAGAGCUAGAAUCUUUUGAUUUUUUUGGGUGGCUUCUUUAGAGUCUUUUAUGGGUCUUGGGUAGAAUUGUAAGUUUAACUAUUUUUCUUCAUUGAUAUCACUCAGAAAUAAAUAAAAAAACAGAGGUCAAAUAUAUUUCUAAUAAUAGAAAUUUGAUAGUCCCUCUGCUAAGGAAUACCUAGUUAAUCUUGGUUGGAAGCGACAGAAUUAAAAGGCCACAUGUCAGUUUGUUAUUAGUGUGUUACCUUUCUUUUUUUAUAUUUAGUGUUCCUUUCAAAAUAUCUGAUGUUAUUGCUUCUCAUCUCCACAUUGUUUAUUCUGCCCAGGAAACCGAACAUGUAUUUCAAAUUUGGGUACUAAAUUGUAAGAAAAAAUAAAUUUGGGUAUCAAAUUAUAAUUUACCAAAAUUUGUAGUAAGUGACCGGAAAAUUGAAAAUAAAAAUAAAAAAUCAUAAAAUUCAAAAUACAAAGAAAUUAUAAAUGAUUAUCUAAACAACGAAUUUGAAUUACAUGUAUUUCAAAUGCUAGUAUUUCAAAGACUUUACAUUUAAGAUACACUUAUCCAAGCGGAGCACUUCUACUAUGCUAUAUAGCAUUGGUGCUUUAAUGUACAACUUAAAGUUGUACCAUAACAUUAAAUGUAUAAGUUUAGGGUGUACCAUAAAGCAAUUUGUACCAAUAUGUUAUGGUACAACUUUACAACUUGAAGUUGUACCAUCACACAAAGGCAUACAAGUUCAAGUUGUAUCAUAAAAGAAUUUGUACCAAAAGUAUGGGUACUAAAGUUGUACCAUAACGUAAAUGUACAAUUUUAAGUUGUACCAUGAAAGCAAAAACCUAUAACACAAAUACUAUAUAGCAUUGUAAAAUUUCUCUCUAAUGUUACUGCUUCUCAUCUCUACAUUUCCACAUGGUUUCUUCUGCACAGGAAACCCAACAUGAGCAACAACUCCAACCCCCGCCGGUCUCCUCCUCCUCCCCUCGUCUCCAUCGACGUGGCAUCACAACUACCCAUCAAGUUCACCGGAGCCAAUUACUCAUCCUGGCGGCGACAAUUCCACAGCCUUCUGGUGGGUUAUGGAUUGCAAGGAUUCAUCGACGGUACCAUCACUCGUCCUCCCUUGGCCGCCAGUCUUGCUCAUCGACAUUGGAUACAGCAAGAUCAACGGCUCUUUCACGCGAUCAUGGCGUCCGUCAAUGAAGAAACCAUCGUCCCAUUGAUCGAGUCAUCUCCCUCUGCCCGCGACGCUUGGCUGAGCUUGGAGCGUUUCUUUGCUAGCAGGUCGAGAUCUCAUCGCAUGGAACUCAUGGACAAGCUGUCAGGGCUCAAGCACCACCAUGACAAGAACCAGUCGGUCUUCGUUUACCUAACUUCGUUGAAGCGGGUCGCCAAUGAUCUCGCCCUCAUUGGCCACCCUGUUGAAGACCCUGACCUCGUUCUCCAUGCCCUCAAUGGCGUUGGUUCGGAGUUCAAGGAGAUUGUAGCGGCUAUUCGUGCCAGAGAUGCUCCGAUUUCGUUUGAAGAAUUGUUCGAUGAGCUUGUCGAAUUUGAGAAAUUAAUGCAGCGAAAAGACGCAAAUCUUGUUGUUUGUCAGUAUUGUGACCAACCAGGUCACUCUGCCAAGACAUGUCACCGCAUCAUCAACACUGCUGCAACCCCUAAUAAUGACUCUUCUUCCUCGUGGUUGUUGUUUGAUUCUGCUGUCACUCAGCAGAUUACCAAUGCUCUCAGGAAUUUGUCCUUGCCUCAGUUCAACGAUGGUCCAAACUCCUUAAUCAACAACGAUGGUUCAGAAACUAAUUACACGAAAGGAGCCUUGACAGUUGUCGUGUUGCUGCUUCAACCGAUUCUCCUCCUAUUCAAGUUGUUGUUUGGAAGGACCCCGAAUAUUCUCAAUGCCUCCUCUCGUACUAAUAAUAUUAUUCCCUCCCCAGCUUCUGCUCUUCCUAGUAUUUCUCACUCUGGAGAUCAUUCAAAAGAUGCCCCAAUCCCACAACAAUCAAAUGAUCAUGGUAUUGCCUCUGCUUCUGAUUCGGUAUUGUCCCUUCCGAGGGGGGAGCACGAGGUGUUCUUGAGCUUCAGAGGUCCAGACACGCGUCAGGUGUUCACCAACACCCUUUUCAUCCUUCUUAAACAUUUGAACAUUCGUACAUUCAUGGACGACGAGAAACUUGAGAAGGGAGAAGAAAUAUGGCCGAGUCUCGUUGCCGGUAUAAGACAGUCCAAAGUUCAUGUAGCGAUAUUGUCGGAGAAAUAUGUCGAGAGCAAAUGGUGUCUUAGAGAGCUCGCUGAAUUCGUUGAAUGUCGAAAGCAAGAUAAAGGGCACAUCAUAAUUCCCAUAUUCUAUAUGGUGGACCCGAGAGAUGUGCGACACCAAACGGGGCCUUACCAGAGCGCAUUUCAGCGGCACGAGCAAAUGUUCAAUGCCAAAAUUGUACAAGCAUGGAGAGAUGCUUUGAAUUUGGUUGGGACUAUAAAAGGAUGGCAUGUUGGAAGCAAAGACAAGCCGGGAGAAAUUGCAGAUAAUGUUUGCAAUGACAUAUGGUUGCAUAUAAGAAACAAUGACAAAUUUUGGGAUAGAGAUGGGUUGGUUGGUAUUGAUGAACAUAUAAGAGUGAUAACCAAUACAUUGAGCUUAGACAAUGAGGGUGUGACAAUGGUUGGCCUCCACGGUUUUGGUGGUAUAGGCAAAACCACUAUUGCAAGAGCGGUUUACAACCAAAUCUCUUCUCAGUUUGAUAGAUGUAGUUUCUUGGAGAACAUACGAGAAACACAGGAGCAAAAGAAUGGUACCAUCAGUUUGCAACAUAAGCUAAUCUCUAAUAUUGUCCUGAGAAUGGAUUCUGUCGGAUCUAUUAAUGAAGUUAUCGAGGGGAAGAAAUUGAUAAAAGAUAGAGUCUCACUGUUUAAAGUUCUUAUCGUUCUUGAUGAUGUGGAUGAAAAGUUCAUAUUCGAAGACGUUAUUGGAAAUCUUGGAGACUUUGCUUCUGGAAGUAGAUUCAUCAUUACUUCUAGAGAUGUGAAUGUCCUGAGUACUUUCAACAAAAGUCGAUGCAAACUGCAUGAAGUUGGCGAAAUGAAUGCACAAUUCUCACUUGAACUCUUUUGCAAGCAUGCCUUCAAAAAGAAUUGUCCGUCACAAGAAUAUGAAACUUUAUCACAAGAUAUUGUAUCAAUUGCUGGAGGACUUCCAUUAUUUCUUGAGGUUGUGGGCAGACUUCUGUAUGGACAAGCAAAAGAAAUAUGGGAAGAUAGAUUGGAACAACUGCGAAAGGUUUCUGUGAGAGGGGUCUCAGAAAGGUUAAAGAUAAGCUACAAUGCAUUGGAAUAUGAGGCGCAACAGAUUUUUUUGGAUAUUGCUUGCUUCUACGUCAAUAUGAAUAAGGAAAAACCUACUUACAUGUGGAUUGAUCUAAAGCUCUUUCCAAUAACUAAUAUCAAUGUCCUUGUUCAGAGAUCUAUGAUCAAAAUUGGGGAUGACAAUCAAUUUCAAAUGCAUGAUCAACUUAGAGAUAUGGGGAGAGCAAUUGUGCACGAGGAAAAUAUCGAAGAACCCUGUAUGAGAAGUAGGAUAUGGGACACUGAAGAAAGUGUGGAUCUAUUACGCAACAAGAAGGGAUCAAAGCAAGUUAAGGCACUCUACGCAGACUUCUCAUUGGAACCUCAAAAACCCCUUGAAGCCGAACAUUUCCUUAAUUUGCCCGAGUUAAGAUAUUUGGAAGCGGAGCGUCUAGACUUUGUGGGAGACUUCAAUAACCUUGUCUCAAAUUUAAGAUGGCUCCGGUUGCAGUCAUGUGUCUGUGAUAGUAGUAAUCAAUUCAACAAUUUCAGGAUGGCCAAUAUGGUUAUUCUUGAUCUUCAAGACUCCAUAUUUGUAGAAGGCGACUUGGGAUGUUGGAGUCAAAUCAAGAUGGCAAACAAGUUGAAAGUUGUGGAUCUCUCUGGUUGUUCUGGCCUAACCAAACUCCCUGAUUUCCCACAAUCCGGCUGUCUAGAGUUGCUACAUCUUUCUAAUGUAGUUGGCGGAUCGUUGGGUUCAGCUACUCUGUCUAUGGAGCUGGACAUUAAAAAUUUAUGGAACCUACAGGUGUUGGAUCUGAGCAAGAGCAAAUUAAAAAUGAUAAAGGGCGGCACCAUUGGACUGAUGAAGAAGCUCCAAGAGCUCGAUCUCACUGAAAUCAAGUGUGAAAAUCUGACGGAAGUACUCGUCGAUAUAGAUCAACUAUCAUCUCUAACGAUCUUGAAAACAAUCAGAGCCAACCAGGAUCCCGACGAUUCGUCGUCCCUAAGAAAAAGGAACGACGAGGAAGAGCUGUCGUUAGCUAGGGUUCCCACGACCCUCAAGGCGUUGCACACAUCUUCUAAGUUUGUUAAUCUCUCGGAGUUGUUGGAGUUGGAGGAAAUAACGAUCGAGGAUUGUGAUUACGGGUUGCAAAUCCCUCUCGCCGACCAGAAUAAUGCGUGGUGGGAGGAAUCCAAAUUGGAGGUUGUUUCGCUUACAAGGACCAAGAUAGUCGUCGCUAAAACGAGCACGACGAAACUUCCAACGUCGCUAACUAGCCUCCGUAUUUCGGAUUGUCCGGAAAUGACUUGGCUUCCAACCUUGGAGAACCUUACAAACUUGGUUGAAUUGGGCAUCGAGAAGUGUCCCUCUCUAGGAGAGAUCCAAGGGCUUGAGAAUCUCCUGCGGUCUAGUAAUUUGGAGAGGUUGGUGAUCAGCUCUUGCCCGCUUCUCAAAUCUCCAUUUCAUGGCGGCGACGGCCUAAAGAAUGACUCCUCUAUAAAGGAGUUGUGCGUUCGUAAGUGUGGUUACGUGAUGAUACCUCCUCUGUCCAACUUCCCAAGGCUUGAGAUUCUAGAGAUCGGGGAUAUAACUACCAACGACAAUGUUGAUCAGCAGGGUUUGGAAUCGCGGAUGGAGGAAAUUGGCGGCCUAAAGAGGCUUGAAAGGCUGCUGCUGCUGGACUUGCCAUCGAUAUACAGACUGCCUUCACUUUCAAAGUUGAAAGAUUUGAUCACCCUUAUCAUUGUGAAUAUGUCGGGAUUGCGUGAGAUUCAAGGCCUUUCCGAGUUGAACUCCCUGGAGCAGUUACAACUCGUUUUGUGCAUGUCGCUGGAGAGGUUGAUAUUGCCUGCGGCUGGUUUCAAGCGACUCAAGGAGCUGGAUAUUCGAGGAUGCAAAAACUUGGCACCUCGUGACCUCUCUGCUCUUGGUGAGGAAUUGCUCAAUGUAAACAUCAGAUGGCCGGAUGAGGAAUGCAUACGCUACGGAGAAGGGCCGUCGUUUUUUAUGGAUGAUCCUCUUGAGUCGAUGUGCACAAUGCAGUAGUACGUCUACUCAAUCAAAUCAAAUCGAAUGCAUUCAUGGUUGGUAAGCAUAUAUUUUAACUUCCAUAUAUGCACACUUUUUUUUUCACGCGCGCUUUAUAAUCUUCCGAUGGUUUCAUGUCGAAACGCCAUGUCAAUCGUCAUUUGUUGUUAGGGAUGCAAUUUUACUCAUACUCAUGAGUAUUUUACUAUCCAACCCAAUUUGGUUGGGUAUGAAAUCCAAAUAGAUGGAUAUGGGUAGAGUUUGAUGGGUUUGUACCCAUACCCAUUUACUUGGGUUGGGUUGGGUUUUUAACAAAUGGAUUUGGGUUUGUACUAGGGCUGGCUAUUUGGUCCCGGACCGUUUGGUUUUACCCGAAACCGGACCGUAUAACCCGAACCGGGACCGGACUGGGACCGGAUAUCGAACAAUGCAAUCUCAUAUUCGGGCUUAGAUUUGAGGUAAAAAACCGGAUAAGAGACCCCCAACACCUAAAAUCAAGAUAAAAUUGGGAC